GUUCCAACGUUAUUAUCAUGCGAUUUCCAUCAAAUGUGACGACGUUUAAAAAUUGUUUUUGCUUUUGUUAUUGUUAUUUCCAUUUCGUAUACACGUGUCAUGAUUUAUUAAUGUGGCAACCUUGCAUUUUUUCACAGUUUGACAUUUAAAAUCCUAAAUUUCGAAAAUGUCGUCAUUCGAUAAAAUCGUUCGUGAAUUAUCCAACGGCCACUCCCCACUUAUAGGGAUUUUUCCCUCUAUUAUUUCAUAGGGCAAUCAAGGUUAUGACGGUUUCGCACUUUAGAUACGUUCUCCAGUGGAAAAACUAUAUUUCGGAUGGAUCCCGACGAUUUAUAAUAUUUAUGAUUUUAUAACAAAAAGCGAACUUUGACAAGCGAGGAGUAUGUUGACAAGUGACAGUUUUGACGUUGACAGCUGAUAGUAGCAAAAACGAACUUUUACAUCUUCGGAUUUGUUCGUAUAUCUACGUCAUUCCGUCCUGGAUGAUUCCAUCUUUGUCAAAAGCUUGGUGCAUGGGGGGCAAUGAGUUGGAUCGGCAAGGGUGAGGGGGCCCUUCGGAGGCGGAUGCCCUUAAGACGCGCGGGAGCCAGAUCGGCCAAGGGGGGCGGCCUGGCGGGGGGUCCGGGCGGCAGGGCGAUGCGUUACUACCGCUUUUGGAUUUACACCUGCAACACGGCCCUGUUGGCCGGCGCCCUCGCCUUCACCGGGGCCGCUGUUAAGACUGUCAUUUUCGAUUUUCGAAGAUCGUUGGUACCGUCUCUCACGUUGUAUCAGCCGUCGUUCCUGUACGCGUACUUGGCCCUGGCCACCCAAGGGGGCGCCCUACAGUUACUGGGCUGUUUAGCCGCCCUAAAACUCUCCGAAAGACUGUUGAACGCCUAUUGGUUGUUACUGUUAGUGCUUAUAUUCGGUGACGUCGUUAUUGGGGCCUUUUGGGCCUACAGGUUCGAGAAGAUUUGUCAAGAACUACGUCCGGCAUUACGCCUGCGCUUCCAACAAGAAUAUGGCUCAAGUAGCGGGAUGACCACCCUGUGGGACCGUUUGCAGACGGAGGACGAGUGCUGCGGAGUGACUGGGCCCCACGAGUUCGCCAACUUGACUGGUACCACCCGAUGGGAGAUGCCCGCCAGCUGUUGUUCCGAAAAGUUGGUCGGUGCUAGUAAUAAUGCUACGAGAUGCGCCAAGGUGCAUUUAUCUGGCUGUGAUGAACGUCUUCUGGCCUAUUUGCGGUCGACUGCCUCCCUGUUGGCCAUCUUAGGCUAUUGCGUCUUGGCCUUCCUCAAGUUGUGCUUCCUAGGAAUCUUAAGAUACGAAAUACGAGAAAUGAUUCAGAAAAUACGUAUUUUAAGGGCCGAGCUUGAACUACCGAACAUAAACGGUACCUUACCGGGAACGAUAAAGGCGGAAGCGGCCGAAUGUGAGAAGGAAUCGCUGCUAAUUCGACCUGACAGUUCGCCUUUCUUAUCCUCGCCCCCCGCCCAGUUAAAAAACCCGAACGGAAAUAAUAAUUAUGAGUUAAGGGAGUAUCAAAAGAGCCACGACGAUAUAUGACUAAAGUAUCGGCUAGAGGGUCUAUUUAGUCGCGGCCGAUGGGGUCGCGUCAAGAAGGGCCCCCUGGCUACGCCCCUGGAGGACCUCUUCAACCGAAAACCCCGCGCACGCGUCAAAGACGAGCCGUGCUGAGCCCCAGCGCAUGCGCAUUCGCAGCAGAACUCCUUAAACGCUUAAAAUGACGCAAUGCUCAUCCCCCGUACCCCAAAUUUAAAAAAAUACGUACAUACACAUAACGAUGAUGACUUAAAAGUAACGGUUAUUUUUCUAUUUAUAAUACUGUUGUUAAAUAGUCUUUACUCUUUUGUUCACUAAAAAAGAAGGAGAAACUAGUACGCUAUACCGUGCAUGUGAUGGUUGAUGUACCUAUUUAAAUAAAUAGUUUAUAUUAUAUACAUAUAGAGAAUUAUACAGGGAUGGUCCGUAAAAUAGACAUCGCACGCCUCGCCGGUGUAGAUCAUGCACAUACUCGCAGCAUUUAAUAAUAUUAUAUAUUUAUUACCUAAUACAUAAUACAUUCAUACAUAAUAUGUAUAUAAAUUAAAGGCUUUUAUUCAGUAUAUGUAUUUUUUUGUAGAACGAAAUAAAAAACAAAAACAACCUUUG